UUGUUUGAUUACCUGUGGCAGGAGUUUUGUUUACUGCGUUGAUAGUUCGGUGAUAAUUAGAAUGGGCUAGACUUUGCUUAUAAUUUAUUUUUACAUUAUUUUUUAGUGUUGGGUUCAUUGUUAUACUGUGUUUGCAGCUAGGAUAAGUUAUAUUUUUGCAUUAAUGAACUAAAAAUUGUCGUUUGACAAUGUACCCCGGUUGGAAGAUUUAAUGGUCCGAAAGACUCCCAUAGCAAGCAGCUUGCGAAGUGGAGAUUCGUGAAAAACACUGUUUAGCGCAAGUGUAUAUUCUGGUUCCGAUUAUAAGCGAUAAACUUUGGUAUUAGGGUUUCCGCAUUUAUCGGUUUUGUUGCCACAAGUGGAGUGGGAAUGCGGUGUGAGCAUCCGUGGGAUGCUGUACGUCUAAUUGCGACGAGGACAUCUGAAGCGGAUACGAAGUAUUACGCAAAAGUCAGCGAGCCCUGAAGGACUGCCUUGGAAAUCACCUUCAAAGAUGCAACUCUUUCAAAGCAUUGUGAUGACUGGCACAUUCUUCAGAACCACUAAUUGCAUGCUGAUGUUUCAACAGCAGAGGGACAUUCCAGGAGUGCCAGGGACACCUUUAAAUUCACAACCAUGUAUUUCAAAUGACAUGAAGACCACACAGAAACUGCUGUUAAAAUGAGUAUUUGUGACCCACUGCCCGGAAACAGGAGUUUCUGCAAGAGUGGCUUAUAGAAGUCGUCAGUGAUCAAUAAGCACAAACUGUGCAGCUCCAAGAAAGCGAACUUGGGGAAGAGUGCUUCAGUAAUUGGAAGAUAACAGUACCAGAAACUUUCUUAAAUAAUAAGUAAAUCAGUUAUACUCACCUGUUUUGAGAAUUAUCACAAAGUUUUUGACAAAGAGCAGGGAGCAACAGAGACAUGGCUAAGUUUUGUGGUUACCCUGAUUAUAAAGCUGCACUUCAGUCAGCUGAUGCCAUACUUUGUGCACUUGAUGAUCUAUACUUAUGUGAGUUACAAUCGUAUGAUUCUGAUUUUAGUUUAUCAUUGGUGGAUCGUAAACGUUCUGAAUCACAAGGAGCCACUGUUGGAAGAAGAUUAGCAGUGUCAGGUCGCGGUGAUGAGCUUAGAGCAGCUAAUGCAUUGCUUAUGUUAACUAGAACUGACCAUGACAUGAGGCGAGCUCCACCACGCGUGCAGCAAGCUGUACAGCAGAAUCCUUCAAAACUGGAAACAGUGCAACAGAGUCGCACUCAAUUUGGAACCCUGCAGCAGAGUUCCUCACAGACUGGGGAGACAAAUAGGAAUUCUCAACACAGAUCUGUGCAAUGGAAACUUGCACAAACUACUAAGGUACAGCAGAAUCAUUCACAAACAAGAAUGGUUCAGUGUAGUUCAACACAGACUGUAGCUGUGCGUCGAAAUCCUCCAAAGCAUCAGAUUACAAAGGCAAAUACCCCACAGCCUAAACCUGUUCAGUCUUAUACAACUCAAACUAGGUCAACACAGCAGACAGUGUCACACACACAGGCAAGACGACAAGGUGUGUCUCAAUCUGAAAUAGCAAUGUGGAACCCUGUAGAAGUGUUUGUGCAGCAUGGUUUUCCACACUCUGAACUCAGAAGGUGGAGACGUCCUAAAACAAAGAACACACAUGGCUCAUCACAAAAAGAAGCAACACAGCAGACUGCUGCACGGACAGCACCCAAACAAGACAAACAUCCACAGACUAAAGCAGAACAACCCAACUCACCACGAACACCAAUAUUGCAACAGGCUCUCUCACCUGAGCAAGAGAAUUGCCCGCAGACUGAAUGGGAAGAUGUGGAUGUGGUAAUGGUGCCAAUAAAUGAAGUUGUUCAGCACCUUGCACACCAAGAGGAAACAAUACCAUUACAAGUACAUACUUACAUCAUUAGUGCACUGCUGCAACAGCUGUAUCGGAAAGUCCUUGCUCAGUGCAAAAAUGGUACAGUAAGGCAACUAAUGUUGGAAAGAAGCUAUGAAUCUUACAACUAUUGUUACUCUGGAAACAUGCGUACAGCCAUUUCAGAGACUAACCCAGAGAGUAAAGAAUAUAGAGAGAAAAGCAAAGGUGCUGGUAACACUGUCACAUAUGGAAACUCUCCAAGGGGAAGAUAUAAUGAACGUUCUUCAGGUGUCCAGGAAGUGGAAGGCUGCUUCUCCACCGAAAACCGAACAAAGCGGCGUGAAUUCGGGUUCUUUCAAGCAGGACCACCACUGAGUUCAUAUGGAGUUCCUCCUCAGCAGCAAUCUCAGAGAAAACUAUCUCGUUCAUCGAGCCAAUGCAACCGCCACACAGAAGAUAUGUUACAUUUACUGAUGGUACUGUCGGCAGCACUGCAGUUGUUUGGUGAUAGUGAAACUCGUAACCCUAUGCCUGAGAUCUUCAGAUGUUUGCGUGCAAAUUAUCCUCCACAAAAGCGGUCAACUGCUGUAUCCACUGAGGGAUUACAGGGCAAUGGAGAGGGAGGUCAGCAGCAGCAACAGUAUCAACAACAGAGUCAGCAACAGAAGAAACAGCGAUGUGCUAUUAAAAACAAGAAGCAAGAACAGGAGAAAGGAGGAGACAGCUCUGGGUCACAAAACAUCAUCUCACAUCCAGAUAAUACAUUUCCUGGCAGUGGUCAUGCAGCAACAAGGGCUUCAUCUGGAGCCAUUGCCAAGGAAUCUGAUGCCCUAAAGUCCAGUUCAUCAAAGAAUACUAUGCCAUCAGGCAGAAGAGGUGUAGAACGGAAAGGAAAGCAACAAAACCACAGCUUUGCAGUUAAGGAUCGCAAUAAAGAAGAAAAUCGUGACAACAGUGGGAAACGAGAGCUGGGAAAUUCUCACUUGAGUUCUCUGUACUGUAGUAGUGUGAGAGACAUAAAAGCAGAACAGCUGGAUAAGAUUCUUCGUGCUGCAGAAAGUACUAUUCUGGUUUGUGCUGACUGUGGGCCAAAACCAAAGAGAACAAGACGCCAUGAAAUGGUUCGGGAUUCUCAGCAAGCAGCACAAAAAGGAGUAAUGGAUGGUAAACGCCAGGAAAAUUCUGGUAUGCCAUUGCCUCAGGACCACUGUUGUGAUGAAGAGCCUGGUGAAUUGUAUUUGAUUGUACCUGUACAGGAACGAAUUGAAGAACUUUGCAAGAUGUCAGUUGAGACACUGAUAGAGGAAGGCGUUAUUGCAGUUGUUGACCGGUCACAUCAGCAGAAAUCUUGCAAACAUGCUGAGACCACCACAGCACCCCAAGUGCCACAGCUGAAUACUACUGAAUCGGGUGCACGUACACAAGGUAGUUCAUGCACUCCAUCACCUAAGAUCACUAAUGGUUCUGUUAGACUACAUCGUACCACAGAACCUGCUAAUGCACGUACACAAGGUAGUUCGUGCACUCCACCAUCCAAAAUCACUAGUGGAUCCAGUAGACCACACCAUAACACAGAACCAGCUAAUGGACAACACAGAGAAAAUGACCCCCGGGUGAAACAGACAAGAGCAACUGAUGCACGUGUGCCACGUGGCAAUGGCCCAGUUAGCUCCUCAAGUGUUGGGGGAAAUCCACCAACUGAAGAAAAAAAGGAACCAGUGACAACAGAUCCUUAUGAAAUGUUAAUGCAAGCACUUGAGCGCCGAGCUGUAGCCUUGCGCAAAGGUCGUUACAGGAGGCGUGCGGCUGAUACACGCGCACAACACAGUGGUGCCCAAAAUGUCUGUAACACAGAGAACCACAAGGACACACUGCCGGUGAAGCCUGCAUCGCAGUGAGACUUACCAUUUGUUGAUGUCAGUUACAAUAGGUACCAUUUCAUAUUACAUAAUUGGCUAUUUAGAGUGAUAACUGCAUUACAGGUGUGGCUAUACAUAUUUUCUUUUUUGUCCAAGUUUUGGUUGUAUGUUUCUUGGCUAAUUGGGCAGCGUUAUGUCUGGUACCCUUGUUCUGCUGUUUCAGUCCUGAAAUAUACUGCUUCAAUAACCUUUCCUCAUUAUACCCAUUUUGCUGUGUUCGAUAAUGAAUUUUUCUUUUGCAUAGCAUACAUGAUCUUGUUUCUUCUGUUCUGUGUGCUUAGCUUUCCAGUUUAAUUUGUAAUUUUAUUUCUUCAUUGGCUGUAGAUACCCUUAUGUAGGAAUUGCCAACUUCAAAUAUCCUGUAACUCUUCAGGCUUUCCCGGCGAUCUAAUGACAUCUUGGGUUGUCGGGUGUUCUGCCGGAUAUCAGCGUCGUACUUGCAUGAUAUUUCGGUCAAGUAGCUUGUGACCUUCAUCAGGUGCGACCUGAGACUGCUCCUCGAGUGGA